UAAUUUGAAUAGCCCAUCAUCUUCUAGUGCACCAAUAAGUCCUGUCGGAUCACCGUCUGCCUAUAAUCGAUCGCGUUCGGUCAGCAGUCUAAAGCAUCUAGCGAAGUCGUCGUUAAACACACCUCUCGGGCGUCAGCCAUCAUCGCUGUGUAAGCUCGCUAAAUCCCAACUUACGAAGCCUCGAUUGAAACCGGAAAAUAUAGCACUCUCUUGUGCAUCCGAUUCUUCUUUAUCAGUGCAGGAAAACAGUGGUGCGGGCACCUCAAAAGCGACAAGCUCUUCGGUCGAACUAAUCCAAAAUCCGCUCCCUUCUCCUGGCCCUUUGCUUGGUAACACACGGCUAGUGGAUCCUCAACGUGGAGGGAAUGAUACCAACAUACACAAAACGGAUAAGUCAACGUCUGCUGGUACGGCAACAGACAUUUCAUUGAAAUGCUUUGAUACAGAUUCUUCCUCCAGCUCGACAUUCUCCUCCAAAAGAGAUGUAAGGAAAUCGGGAGAGCAUAACUCUUACGCAACUCCGUGUGGAGAACUGCAGGUUUUGCAGUUUGUUGACGAAAAUGCCUCAGUCGAACAAAUUAAUGUUAUCGAUUCAAAUGCGUCUGAAGGCAAAGUGCGAUCGACAUCUCCGCCAUCCUCUGAUCCGCAAUACACAGUUUGUGCGAAGGCAAAGACGUACAACCCUUCAAAGGAUUUAGACGUUGAGUCAUCUCGCGAUAGUGCACGGAACUACCAUCCAAACAUACAGCCAGGCAAUGUAAUGGUUGACAAAACGGAAACCAACUCUCCAAAACAAAGGCCUAUAAUAUCUGCUGUAAGCACUAGCAGUAUUGCCAGUGAAGGGUAUUCGAUCGAUUCGACAAGAAAAUCUUCACACUUCAAUUUCCCUCCAAUCAACUCAAUCACAGCUUACAAUCCGCUGACACUGCCGCCGAGUCUAGGAGCAAACGGUAGUGAAACGAUAGUUAUCGACUGCUCAUUGGGUCAAGCUUCUCAAAUCGUCCAUGGGGGAAAAUUGAUCCCAUACGUGCAGGGUAUUCCUGGUCCAAACACGUUGCUAUCAAUCGGUAAUCAGUCGGGGGCUUCGUUCAGUAUGAAUCCGCAGUCACCAUUGACUAUUACAGUGCCGGCAGAAAGCUGUUCCACGGCCAACUUGCCUUCCAUUUUGCCAACGGAAGUUGCAACAACAUCAUUCAAACAUUACUCAUCAGAAGGCAGCUCCUCACUACUGGCCAUUCAGCGAACGUCGUCUCCGGGAGAGUACUUGAUGAUGGCAGCUUCUGUGGAACAAGCUAGCAAAAAAAUGGUACCUUCAGUUCUAUCGAAGAAUGGCUUUCCUCCUGAGAUCUGGUCUCCGGCGAAACAGCAACAAGGGCAGACUGGCGUAACCAAUGUCAACAGCGUAUCGAGCACUCCUAAAAAAAGUUUCAAUUUCACGCGCAUUGCCGAUAACAUAAGCCCGCGUAAAAAAGAUUCAUCCACUCUACGUAAUCCGGGAGAGGCAAAGCAGGUGGAGGAAGUGCGAUAUUUUAAUUUCGAGUCAGUGAUUUCAAAAUCGGAGAUACUGAUAAAACCACCACAACCACCCCCUUCACCAUGCAACACGACUCCGGCAUCCACAGCAGCUUUAACACACGACAGUUCGAAUUCAAGUAAUGCCGGGUCGGUUGCACAGGGGUAUGAAACCGCAUUGAAUGGAGUUAGCGCAGUGCCAAACAACUCCAGCUUUCAGGCACCUCCUUUGAAGGCGAACAAAUUUUUACGGCCAACCACGCUGCCUCUCAAGCCGGGGACAUUCACGCCGAAACGUCAUCAUGGCAUUACGCCGACAAACAACACUAUGCCGCUGAUCUCGCCGGAAACACCCAGGCCAUCUAAAAGUUGUCGUGAAUUGUACUUCAAUGGCCACGCGUAUACAAAUAUCGGACUCAAGUCAAGCACGAAACCAUUCUACUGCACCGUUAACAAGACGCAACCGUUCUACUUUCAAACUUCCAAGAAACUUUCAAUGUACAGUAACUGGCAGGUUCAUCCUGAAAACGAUCCCCAUCCGCUUCGCUUUAGCCAAGUUGCGGUGAUUGCACUCUAUGACUCAAAUCAACUGCGUGAUAGACGAUAUUCAAUCGCAGGCUCUAGAACAAUUCCUCUUACACUGGUUGCGAGUGAAGAUAGAAUGUCUGUAAAUGGCAAAAUUCGUAUGACACCUCUGGAAGUUUCCUCAAAAAUUCCUUGUCAUCCCCCCAACGUGCUUGCGGCAUUGGCUGCUCAGCAACCUCCACUUCCUUCUUACAGUGCGAACGUUUCGCCAACACCAGUCUGUACAAGAGAAUUCACACCGUCGCCUUGCGAAAAGUCUGCUGAUAUGCCUGGCAUUCACAGUGAUCCAGUGGUUGGGAUUAGUACUGGUUCCUUAUCACGUCAUCUGUCUCCAAGAAGCGAAUCGGUUGAACUAGGUCUCUCCGGAGGUUUCGAGAGCACAGAAGAAUACACAUAUGUGCGAGGCCGUGGACGUGGAAAAUACGUGUGCAAGGAAUGUGGUAUCCGUUGCAAAAAGCCUUCGAUGUUGAAGAAACACAUUCGCACUCACACUGACGUUCGACCUUACUCGUGCCAAUACUGUAGCUUUCAUUUCAAAACAAAGGGAAAUCUAACCAAACACAUGAAAUCCAAAAGCCACUAUAAGAAAUGUACAGAAUUGGGAUUAAAUCCGGUACCAAUGCCUGACGAUGGAAUGGAUAUUGAUAUUGAAGGCGAUCAACAAUCGGUUUCAAGUGAGCGUACCUCGACAAUUCCGGGUGAUUCCGAUACUCCCACCGAUAGUGAUGGAGAUGAUACGGAUGAUAGUGAAGAAUCCAAAAGUCGGCUUCCAGAGCACGAAGCAGCUCAAGGAUUGCUGUCUUUGUCAAUGACUAGACCAACUUCUGCCUGUAGUAGCCUUGAAGCCACAUCAGCUGUCACUGUUGGAGAUAACGGGAGUUCAACAGCAUAUGCUAAACAAACCAUAAAUCCUCCUAUGGUUCCCACAUUCGAUGUUGUAGUCAAGACAAUAGAAGCGUCGUCUUUACAACAAACAUUUACUUCAGAGGCAUCACUUGUUUACGGUAGCCACAAGCAAUGCACAUCAGUCGAUCGAUCUGCAACAGCGUCUGGAGCACAAUCGCGACGUAUCAUAACGUUCGGUAACGGACCCAUGCUGGAGUAUAAUCUGCUAAAACAUGAACAAUACUAUUCCGAUCCGAAUGUGGGGAAAAAGAAACGCGACUACGAACGAUCGUUUGCAAAUGCGAGUGACGAGGCAGCACAAGCGGGUGAUGCGGACGAUGAAGAUGAUACAGUCCGACCGAUUGAUUUGACGAAAAAGUCAAAACUACAAACCACCAAAGACAGUCCACAGAUUGCGGCAACGGUCUCAAAUGCACCAUGCCAGCAACCCUUGAUCGAACCAACUGUGAUGCUGCACGAUGCGGCCGCUGCCAUCAAAGUUCCGUUGGUAAUGGUGACCCCUCAUUCGGGUCAAACGGAUAGAUAUGGAACAUUGCAGCAUCGGACGCUCCCGAAGUCCUCUGGAACAUCUCAGAACAUCCAUCAACAGGAUGUUUCAGCUGUGCUGAUGUCCGAUGUUUUAACACCAAUAACCGGAACAGCCAAUAUAUUGACAACGCUUGUUUCCAACACGGACAAGAUACCGUUGAUGGGGGCAUUCGCGCCUACUGGUAGUGGUCCUACUACCGGUGGCGUAGAUGAAAAUGCGCACUUCCACGAGUACCUGAAGCAGAGAGCAUUGCAGGAUACUAAGAUAAAACAGAGCCAAAUUAAGUCCGGCAGCAGUACAAGCUCCUUAGAGUUGGGCCAGCACUCAUCAUUAUAUCCCUCCGAACAUCAUCACACAACGCAGCGACCUACGUUAGCACCAGCGGUUCACGAUAAAACUGUCGUUUCUCUGGGUGCUCUUCCGAAAUCGUCCUUGAAAACAGCGCAGCAACCGGUUAUAAUAUCAUCCCCAUCCAAUGUGACUUCAUCCGAUCGGGUUUAUCGUAUUUUCAGUGGAAAGAAUGAACGUAAUCGCAGUAUUACUACUGUUAGCAGCUCUAGCAGCGGUUUCAUAAAUUCCAGCGUAUCUCAAGUCGCUGAUGAAUUACCAUUGACAAUGGACCAGCCUCAACUCAAUGCUGUUACGUUUUCGACUAAUUCGGAGAGCAAUCAAACAGUAGUGUCUACUGUUACUACAUCUAUGCGUAUGCUUGCAGAUGAAUGUCCGCUAUCUGAAAAUGCCACCCCGAUGGAUACAUUGGCAGAAAUUGCAGCGGGAUCGUUGAAGCUGGAUGUUUCCAAAGCACCACCGAUUGAAACUACUACAGAUAUUGCAACCACGGCGAUGACCACCCUGUCGAGAAGUAAUAGCGCUGCGUCUAUUUCUGCUGUUGCACCGGAAAGCGCAAAAUCGUUAGCUUCAGAAUAUCUGAAACUUGCAAAGGCAGUCACGAGCGUGGGAAGCAGUAAAAGGAAACGGGAAAACAGUGAAAGCGGAAGCACCGCGUCGGAUCAGGAGAAUACUACGUUUGCUGUACCACCAACUAUCUCUUCUAUAGCAACUCCCAUUAUUAUGGCAAAUAGUUUUGUAGCGGAAGGCAAACCGAUAGCAACAGUGGCACCUACACUAGUGAACACAACACCCCAGCACUCUUCGCAGCAUCCAUCAGUGGAGUCGGCCACGCCUGUUGGAUUUUCCAAUUCAAACACUAACGGCUCUACGGGGCAUUCGGCAUUGAGUGCUGCUCUACCGGUAGGAACGGGCCCAAUAACGGGGGGCACAAGCGAUCACACUACCACUGGAAUCGUACCCGUCAGGAAGGUAGUCGUAGGUGAAGAUGGAUUGAAAGCGUCAGGUGGAGAGUUUGUUGGCGGAACGGCAUCCACAUUUUCCCAUAUACAGGAGGACGGUGGCAGACCGGUUUGCGAGAUCUGUCACAAGAAGUUCCACAAACUUUCUCAGCUCAGCAUUCACAUGAAUAUCCACUACAUGGAACGUAAAUACCGAUGCGAGCCUUGCGGUACAAGCUUCCGUUCACAAGGGCUUUAUCUGAAGCAUGAACGUUCAGCGACUCACCGUAACAAAGUGUCAAUGACAACAACGUUUGGGGUUGCGACGGAUACGAAUCCGCGUCCGUUUUACUGUCGAGACUGUGAUGUUGGUUUUCGAAUUCAUGGUCAUUUGGCGAAGCAUCUUCGGUCAAAGAUGCAUGUACUGAAACUGGAAUGUCUUGGGAAGCUACCGUUUGGAACAUACACGGAAAUUGAACGUUCAGGCACGAACCUGACCGAGAUCGAUACAUCCGAUUGCGAAAAUUCGCUCUCGAGUCUUAAACGACUAGCGGUUCGGUUGAACGUAAAAGACCCUGCUAAGGUACUACCGGCUUCAGGUAGCAUCCCUAGGAAUAGCGGAAACGAGACAGAUAGUUGUGAUGAAAUCUUCGGAGCCGAAAAUGGCGAGGAUGAACCAUCCAGUGGGACAACCACGAAGGAAAGUGGAGAACCAUCAUCCGAGGAAUCUUCUCCAGGAGAAUCUCUUCUUAAUGUCAAUUCAAGCGACCAAAGGAAGGCUGAUGUUGUUGCAUCGGUUAGCCCCAUAGUGGACGUGGGACUGCCGUCGACUGAGUACACUCCCUGUGAGCAGCGGAACAUCAACAACAAUGUAAAACAUAAUGCGGGCGAAUCGACUGUCGUCGCAGAAGGGGGAAGUCAAGUCUCUGAUGAGAAAUCGUUUUUAGGUACAAAACGUUUGCGUUAUUCGAUCGAUGUAGAAUCCGAAACCGAUCGUGAUCGAAUCGUGUGAUCGUGAUCGAGUAGAUAAUUCCUGAAAAUUAAAUGGCAACAGAGGUAGCCUUUCCACGAAUCAGAAAAUAGGAGUGCCAGGAUUUACUAAGGGUUUCGGGGGCAAAGCUUUAGCGCUUGCAGCCGUAACCAUUGCUGUCUCCAACUCAAUCUAAUGUGCCAAUUGAACAUACUUAUCUUCCAUAACCUUAUUUUGUUCAUAACAUAAAAUAUAAUGUUAAAAUACGUUGUUCUGUAAUGUAUGGCUUGCACUCCAAUGAAUGAGGAAUAUAAAAUUGAUGCGGUUGGAUGUUGGAACGAAAUGUACGAAUAUUGCAUCUAGGAUUUUGAACGGCCACAAAAGAAGUUUUAUUCCAGGAAGCCGCUUUUUAUAUUUUCAAACCGAAUAACAGGAAUUGAAAACUGUACUUCGAAGAUCGAAAAUCGAAAAAGUACCGUUCAUUCGCAAAUUGUUAGUAUAUUUAAGAGAAAGUGAACUAAGAGAUGAAAAAAUAAUUAUUCCAUCUUUCGACCGUGUAGAAAGUAUCAAGGAUGUAGUCUAUCUGCCGAACUUGAUCCACGACGGCUCGUCUUCCUUUUAAACACUAAUAAUUCUGCGUAACGCGAACUACGAAGAAAAACGAAAGCAUAGCAUAUCGUGUUAUAUAAAGCGCUCUACAACAAGACCAAGCGAAGCGCGUUAAGAUUGAAUGUUGAGGAAAUCGAUUCGUGUCCAAAAUUUCCUGGAAAUACCGACAAACAUAAACCUACAUAAACAUCUAUACAUCGAAACGUUGAUUAGGCUAUAAUACAUACACAUAUAUUUUUCUACUGAUCGACUUAUCGGUUCUAGGAAUAUUUUAAACACCCUGGGCCCAAAGAAAUAUUAAAAAGAACCUCUCUUCCUUAGGAUUUUUGGCUAUUAUAUGUCCUAUUGGAUUAGACUACGGCGGUACCUCUGUCUUAUACAUUUAUGUACUGUCUCAUCCAGAUAUCAGUUUUCGCGGUUAAAUGCAAAGAUGAAGCGAGCCGCAAACAGCUCUUUGUCGCAUAUCAACUAACUUUUGCAACCACCAAUGCCCUUUUCUACAUAGAACUGUUGAACACACUAGUACUGUCAUUAAUACUGUGAGGCCAAACAAUUGUGAUGGUUAUAAGUUGGAUUUAGUGAUAUCCUCUGUUACUCGCUAUGGUUUCAUGCCACAUUCACGAAAAAUGCAGUAAGUUUAAGAAAAUGGCUUUUUAUUAUCCCAUAAAUCACCAUUCUUUGAAGAGUACGUGCAUAUACUUGUUUUUGUUUAGUCUUUGUAUUCCUACUCAUUUACAAGUGUCCUCAUUGGUGUACAUUUAAAUACGGGCAUGUUGAGAAACUGUAACUAAUGAUGGGUUAGACAUCUUUCAAAAGUUCAUGACAACAUAACGAAUGCUGAGAAAAUAAUAUUUCGGUGAAAAAAAAACAAACGAAACAGAACGAACAUAACGGUACGGUACGGACGUACAACUACUGGCAUCUGAUAAAAAGCAGCAACAUUGCUCUAAAACACUUGUACAUAAGGAAAAAAUAUGAGUAAAACAAAUAAGUGGAUAUAAAUGCCAUUAAUAGACAUAUACAACUCAAUGUUAUAUACAAAACAUAUACAAUUUAUUCUUAGAGACAAAGAUUUUGAAGUACAAUAUCAAAUAUAGAUAAAUAAAAAAAAGGAAAGGAGCAUCUAAACUUGGAAUGAA